AUGGCCGGUGUUAAGAGUGUGAGAGGAGGCUUCCUCUUAGGGCCCGCGUGUACAUUGGACUUUUAUUCAUCAUCAAAUUGUGCCGGGCCAAUUGCGCACACCAUCAAUACCGGCGCUACGUCUGGAUCUUGCCUGGCAGCCCCGCAAUCACAAGGUUAUCUCUCCAUGCAUGCAUCUUGCAGCGGAAGUACAUCCAAGAGGAGUCACUCCCGAGAUAUGAGUGUGGAACUAGAGAAGAGAGCCGGCCCGGACGGUGUUGCAAUCUUCAACGAUGAGAGAUUCUGGAACAUCCAGACAGGCAAUGGACAUCGCCAGGACUUCUUUGAUUUUCUGGAGAUCGACAACGUGGAACCUGAAGGCGACCCCAUGAAUGUCGACAAUUCAGCAACAAAUGGGGCACUAGCGGAGGAAUCUUCACGAACAGUCAUGAGUCACGCCAAUGAGAGUCCGAACUCGGAUAUAGCUACUGGGGCAUCGGACCUUCUCAACGGAUGGAGAGUUACAACAAGUAUUGUUACAAUACCAUUCACCGAUGCCAAUAACGUCCAAACAACGUUUACGAUGGGCGCUGCGGCGCGCGCUGUUGGUACGGAAAGGCUCUCGCUCAUCAUCAUCGACAGUGCGGUGGCUGCUAGGAACUUCCAACGAUCGCAAAUCGCUUUCGGUUUGCGCUUUCGCACGCCCACCCUUGACUCCAACGGCAAUGUGGCGGCUGUUGUAGUCAUUGCAUUCUCACGCGACUAA